GUCUUCUCCAGCAACAACAACACCGCACCAGUUUCUCCUGUCUCCGGCCGGAGAUCCACACCACACCGCCGCGCCCUCCUCCGUCCGCCUCGGCAGCAGCUUCCACGAUGCAGUUCUUCGGGGGAUCCUCGCUGACGUCAGUCGCACCGGAGGCUAGCCCUGCCCCAGCCGCGCCGCCGGGGACGGGCACGGGCGCCAACGCCCAGGUGAUCUACGUCUUCAACCGCAACGGCGUGUGCCUGCUGUACCGCGAGUGGCACCGCCCGCUCCGCACGCUCGCCCGCAACCAGGACCAGAAGCUCAUGUUCGGUCUCCUCUUCUCCCUCCGCUCCUUCACCGCCAAGAUCGACCCCACCUCAACAGAACAUGGGAAUCUUGGGGCGCCCCUGCUGCCAGGCCAGGGCUGCUCGUUUCAUAGCUUCAAGACAAACACGUAUAAAUUGAACUACAUGGAGAGCCCAUCUGGUAUAAAGCUUAUUCUACUUACCCAUCCAAGGACUGGUGAUCAACGAGAUGCCCUGAAGCAAAUCUACAGCCUAUAUGUGGAGUAUGUUGUAAAGAAUCCUCUGUAUGCUCCUGGCAGCCCAAUCAAGUGUGACCUUUUCAAUAAACAUCUCGAUCAGUAUGUGAAGACAUUGAUUUGAACCCAUUCAGGUUUGGGUGAUGCAUGUCCGCUAGGGAAAAACAGUUGCAUUUCAUGUUUUAAAUGGAAAUUCUGUGCCAUGGAACAGUUUAUUGUGGUGGUAUCUCAAUGUUCUUUAUUUUGUAAUUCCAUUUUGGAGAAAAUGGUUGUUUCAAGGAUUUCAGUGACUUUGUUGGUGCAAAAUGUCAUCUUCUCAUUGUAUUGUACAAUGCUUACAGUUGCACCAUGUAUUAGAUGGUCUUCUGUACUGUCAUCAAUUUGACAGCUAUAUAUUUUAGCACACUCGUGUAAAUUACUUGUUUCAUUGCGAUGGAUUCCCUACAAAAUGGAAUUAUUUCUUCUCA